ACUCGUUGUGCUUCUCAUUAUGUCGCCUAUCGGUACGCUUUGGGGCUCGAACAAGCAGCGCCAGACUUCUAUUAUCAACUCGGUUGCAUCGAUCACAGGUAUCGAACUUGAUUUUCCGGAGAUCACGUUUGGAGAGACGAACAAGUCUCCCGAGUUCCUCGCGAAGUUUCCUUUAGGGAAGAUACCUGCGUUUGAGGGUGCCGACGGGCUGAAGCUUACCGAGGGUAUCGUGAUCGCGCAGUACAUUGCGUCUCUGGCGCCUGAUAGUGUUCUGCAAGGGAAAGACAGGGCAGAGACCGCCCAAAUCGACCAAUGGAUUCAUUUUACCGAGUCCGAACUUCAGGUUAGCUCCGACUUCAGCUGGUUCCUUGCUUCUGGUACACUGCCGGGUGAAUACCACAAGGAGCUUCACGAAUGGCUACUGAAGCGUCAGUACCAGUCAUUCGAGUGCCUCGAGAACCACCUCGCAAGCCACGGUUACCUCGUCGGAGACCGGUUGACGAUCGCGGACAUCUCGCUUACAGCUACGCUAAGAAGUGCCGUCAGCGUCACUCUCGGAGCGUCUGAAAGAGCCAAAUAUCCCAAGACUAUGGCUCACUUUGACAAGAUACGCUCUCACGAGAAGGUCAAGGACAUCAUUAAUCAUUGGUGAAGUCACGUUCGCAGACACGGUCAUGCAGUACAAGGGCUCUCCGUAAACGGUUCGCUUAAACAUCCCACUAUCAUAAG